CGCGUACCUCGUAUAUAUUUAUGGCGGUAAGAAUUAACGUACCAAGUUACCAUUAAACUGGUCACUAGUUAUAUAUUGUAUCAAUGAAAGCAACGGUUAUCGCAAUAAUUCAAAAUAAAUCAAAAUACAGAUAGCUCCACUUAAAAAACUUACACCAACUUGUUUUCAAGUUUUUUUCAAAUAAUUAUAACUAUUUUAAUUUUAUAAUUUAACUAAUUUAAUUCACUCCACAAUUUUUUUUUGUAUAUUUUGCGAUUAAGCUUGUUUUAUGAAAUCUUGUUAACCAUUUAAGGUACAUAUUUUUUUGAAAAUUUUUUCUUUGUGUUUGUAUUUUUUAAUUUUUGCAUAUAUAUAUGUUAUGAGUGUUUUAAUUACAAAAUUUUAUUUGUAAUUAAUAAUGGAAACUCCUGAACGUUCUAAAUUAAAAAAAUCUAAAGUAUCAGAAGAAACACAGUCAAGUACUGUUGUUACUGCACAGUGUUUAUUAACUGCUACUACAGCAAGUCCUAAAACCCCUAUUCGUGUUAUUAGUAAUCUUGAUGACAGUUACAUAGAAGAAGUUGAACAAGAAAGCCCACAGUUUUCACACUUGAUACCUAUUAGCUAUAAUCGGCGCAAAAUUUGUGGGAUUAAAGAUGAUGAUGAAGAUGUAAGAAUAGGUUGGGAUGAUGGUUGUGGGUCUGCUUUUUUUGAUUAUGAAUAUGGUCCUGAUGAAAAAUGUAAGAGAAGACUAAUGCGAUGGUCCUCAAAUAGCUUAGUAUCUUCUACUAGACAGCAAACUAUAUUUAGUAAAUCAUGUUUGUCUCCCAAACAACAAAAUACUUCCCCUAGACGUAAAUAUAUAACAAAUUCUCCUAUCAAUAACAAUAAACUAGAGACAGAACUAAAUGAUUAUAUGGGUUUUGUGUUAAGCUGUUUAAGUGCAAAAACUAAAAACAAGUGCUUAAAAAGUACAUCAGAGGAAAUAAAAAAUAUUAGUUCAAUAGAAAAUUCUUUGACCAAAAAUAAUAUUAAUGAAAAACUUAAUUCUAUAAUGGAUCCAGCUGACGAUGAGUUGAUGUUUCUGUGUAGCCAAGCGAUAGAAAAUAUGACGGAACAAACUUGUGAUAUAUCUAUAGAUAUAAAUAGGCUGUUAAAUAGUAAUACAGAAACUUCAAAUUCAUUUGUGAAAAAUAGCUUGAAUAAUAACAUGGAAAUGAUCACAAAUAAUAAUUAUUCUUCACAAGUUUUUUUGAAAUCUAACAGCAAGAAUAUGAACAAGAGUCCAUCUGGACAUAUUAUCAAAAAAUUUAAACAAACCCUUGAAACAAAAUCUAUUAAUAAUAAUAACUAUCAUGAUAGUAAUAAGGACAAAAACAUAAUCAUUAAUAAUAAUGGUUUGUUAGAAGAAGAAGAUGAUGAUUUAUUACUGAGUACAAUUGAUUUAUCAGCUAUCGAACAACAAAUUUCAUUAAAAGGUAAAAGCAACACUACCAAUACUCUAAUAGAAUCUAAAUUUAAAGAAAAACAAAUUGAAAAAACUGUCAUAAAACCAAGUCAAUCUUCAACACAAAGAAAAACAAAUUAUAAAAAUUCAACAAGUAGUGGCUCUAAUAAUUUAUGGCGUAGAUCAUCAUCUUCAUCCUCAAUUGGUCUCAACAAUAAAACUACAAUAUCUAGUUUAGAUAACCAUCAGCAAAAAAAUAAUUGUGUUUUAAGUAUAAAUAGUGCAAGUAUUUCUGCUAAUAAAAGUAAUAACAACAAAAUAUGCAGUGCUGCAGAAAUUCAAGAGAAACACGAUCGUGCUCGUCGAACUUUACUUCUUAAGUUUAAAGAAAGAAAUAAAAGUGCAUCAUUUACAAAAACUGUAUAAUGUGAUAAAUAAUCUUCAAUUUUUUUGUGAUCUAAUCCAUUAUGUACAUAAACUCAUAAAAAAAUUCAAUAUUCUUACUUACAGCAAAUUGCUGUAGUGGGUUCAGUUUUAUAAUAAUUUUUUACUAUAAUAAUUUAUAUGUAUUGAUAUAUUAUAUAUGUGCUAACUAGUGAAUAAAAAUAGAAUGAAUAGUUAUAUCAUACAUCAAAUAAACUAAUUUAUACUUAA